UUUGGGGGGAACAAAUGCAAAAUAAUUUCUUUUUAAGAAAAAAAUUGCACUAAAAUACCUUUUUAUUUCAAUUUACAGGUGUGUUGGUUUUCAGAGCAGUAAAAGGAGAAACUGUUCAUCUGCCCUGCCACUCACGCUCUUACAACAGUGAUCUUGUUUCUGUAAAGUGGAGAAAAAAUAGAGCAGAUGGUGUUUGUGAAUGGAUUAUUGGUAAUAUUGCUGGAUCUCUUACCAGAGACUGCAAUCUUCGUUUUACGUUCAACAGAAAGUCUUUUACACUAAGCAUAGAAAACAUUCAGCUCAGUGACUCUGGUAAUUAUAGCUGUAAAACAACAAGAAAUCCACCACCAUCUUGGCACAAAAGCUCAUGUCUAAUACUUCAAGGUGAUUGUUACUUUCAUAAAUAUUUAUUUAUUUGAAAUGUCCGAUUGUUGUAGACCAUCACCUAGAUGUCCCUAUGUGCAAUAAUAGUCAUAUUAACCAAGUCACACUAUGAAUACCUGAGCUCAUGCUGGUUCAUUUCCCUCCGCUCCAGUUGGUCCACAUCUGUCAUUGCAGAAACUGAACAGCAGUAAUGACACCUGUGUCCAUCUGCUCUGUUUUUUGGAGAGUCUGAAAUCUUGAGCAGGUGAACUUCACCUGAAGCCGAGAGGGUCAAAGGUCACUUCAUCCAUUCACAUGAACAGCGAGCUGCGUCUGUGUAAACCUGACUGGAGUGAAGGAGACACAAUCACCUGUUACACCAAUUACUCAAGCACACAAACCCAAAGUACACAACCUGGGUUGUAAUAAGCCAAGCAAAGUGAACUGAACUUGACAGCCAAUGAUCAUCAUGUAGUUUCAUUGUAUAGAGAGAAAGAUUUCACAUUUCGAUUUGUAUCAAAGUGAAUCUCUGAAGUGUUUGACAUAGUGACAUAGUGACGUGACAUACAGCCAAGUAUGGUGACCCAUACUCAGAAUUUGUGCUCUGCAUUUAACCCAUCCAAAGUGUACACACACACAGUGAACAAACGGACCAACGGAAGUAAAGUGGGGGGGUUUUUUGACUUGGGAUCUAGAUUGUGGGUGGGUGUAUGGCCAGGAAGUUCAUUAUUCGAGUGCAGAUUUGUCAAACACACUGAGCCCAACAACAUGUUUUUAAAAUGGACUACAAACUGUCUUUUAUUUUUGACUUUAAUUUAUCUUCCACACACAGGAGGAUGGAAUGUUUCCUCAGUAAUCAUCGGAGAAACUGUGCAUCUGUCCUGCCACUCACCCCCUAAACACACUUAUUCUUUUGAAAUAGAGUGGACAAAAAAUGGAACAAAUAGUAACACUACUUGUAAAUGGAGGAUAAAUAAAGGUAUUAUAUCUUCCUUAAAUACAUGCGAUCCUCGUUUUACAUUCACCAAAGAGCCUUUCCAAAUUAAUAUAAAAGACGUUCAGCACAAUGACUCCGGUAUUCACAGCUGUAAAAUGACAAUAAUAGUUCCACCACCAUCACUGGACUACUUCACAAAUAUGACACUCCAAGUUGUAGUUGGUCCUCAUCUGUCAUUGCAGAAACUGAACAGCAGUAAUGACACCUGUGUCCUUCUGCUCUGCUCUGUGGAGGAUCUGAAGCCUGAGCAGGUGAACUUCACCUGGAGCCGGGGUGAAAGGUCACUUCAUCCAUUCACAUCUUAUGCCUUGAACAGCGAGCUGCGUCUGUGUAAACCUGACUGGAGUGAAGGAGACACAAUCACCUGUUACGCCAAAUACUCAAGCACACAAACACAAAAAAGUAUACAACUCACCUCAGAGACAACUUCUGACAUAGGUGGGUCAUUUUAUCUCCCUGUCACAUUAACCAGGACAAUCUAGAGCAUUUAAUUUAAUGCAACACUAUGAUUGACAAUUCAGCAAAUUUACACUAAUUACUUUCAGCCCACCAAACUGCUAGUUGAAGAAAAUCACACACAUACCUGUUAAAAUGUUAUAAAUAUAGAGCAGUUUGAUUAAAUAACGGCUUCAACUUUAACCAGA